AUGCACAGUGCUGCAUUGUACCAUUGGUAUUGGCGAUGGCGGACACAGAAGCGCAAGAUCGAACACACGGAGUUGACCUUCAACGAGGUGCGUGCACUGCUUUUCCGGCGCCCGGACAAACUGCUUGAGAUGUUGGAGCAGGGUCUUGCAGAAUGCAAGGCAAGAUCUGAUCCUUCUCGACUCGAGUUCACGGACCUCGACUUUGGUGCGGCGCGGCCCAAAGCAAAGGCCACCACGUCCUUACCAACAAGGCUCUGGCAGUAUCAAGCCAAGGACGCCUGGCCAAAAAGUCAUUCUCUUGGUUCUUGCUUUCCUGAAUCACUAGACCCCUUGCCUUUCGGCAUUGCAGGCAUUGUAGGUGACGACGCGACCAUCAGGUUUUGGGUGGCCCAGCCUUUGGGCAUGUCCGCUCUUCCAUCGGCAUCUUAG